GUACACUUGCUACAAGAUCUUUAAACAUGAUGUAAACACUACCGAGGUGUGACCGAAGCGUCAGUUGUGAAGUUUCGCUACUUCAAACAUUUACUUUAAAGCUUUUCUAACUACGAUUAAUUUUUGAAAAAUAUUUUCAUAAAAUAUUUCGGUUAGAUAUAAAACCACCGAGAGUUUAAAGACGACAUGGAGGAAAUGGAAGUUGAUGUUGCAAACUCUGCUAUUGAUACGGAUGCAGGAUCUUCCAAUAGCGAUGACUGUAUAAAAAGUGAGGAAGAUUUGGCAAAAUUAGACAGUGUUGAUGUAGAUCAAUUAAAAUCUGAAUAUAACCCGGAAUAUAACCUCAGAAAAAAGACAAUUGUAAAUAGGAUUAAAACGGAGAAAAAGAAACAGCUUCCAAAGGUACCGAAACCAAAAUCGUCUCCUGCACCACUUAGUAAAUACCGCAGGAGAGCAGCGAAUGCACGAGAAAGAGGACGCAUGGAAGAUAUCAAUGUUGCAUUUGAAACUUUAAAAAGUGCACUUCCAAACAUUGAAGAGGGUCCAAAUUUUAAGAUGACAAAAAUUACCACAUUGAGAUUGGCUAUGAACUAUAUAUCUGCACUCAGGGAUAUGCUUGGACAAGGUGAAGACUCUGGGUCUGAUCUUAGUGGGGAGUUGAGUUCAGACCUGCAAUCGGAUGGUGAUUCAGUAGGUACAUCUAGUGUAUCGUCCGGUGAUGACACAUGUUUGAGUCCUGAUUCGGUCGACGGAAACUUUUUGACAAUGGAUUUCCUGUCGGAUGUGAAACUUGAUGAUUUUGCGACAGUAGACACAGAAAACCUCUUAUUAGAUUGCACAUAAAUUCGCAGAUAAUUCACAAAAAUAGUUCUCAAGUUGUGCUAUUGAUGUCAGUUUUACAAAGCAAUGGAUAUCAGAUAUCUUCCGUUCUGAAUUGAUAUCAUAGACUUGAAACCAAGACAGCCUUGUCGGAUGCAGGGUACUUGUAGAGACCUUUUAUUCAGUUUGUUCUGAAGUGUUGUUGUUUUUGUGAAAACAUUUCUAACGCUAUUGUUAUGUAUAAAAGGAAUCUCUUGUGUUCGCAAUAUACUAAGUAAUUGUUGUUUUUAUUAGUAAAGACGCUCCGACCCGAAAGAUGUUGAAUGAAUGAGUUAAUUGAAACGUUUAAAAGUGCCCUCGGCAAACCAUUAACUACUGUCUCAAAUAAAAGGACGAAAUUACAUUACCAUAUUGUGUGAAUGAGUGGAAAACAUAACAGAACUGUACCAUUUACUAUUAUACUAUAAAAACACUUUCACCGAUUUUAAAUAUAGGUCUCUGAUACUCUCUACAUAUUUUGUCAGACUGGAAAUCAAGCGUGUUCAUAAACUAUCGGACUAUUCAUGGAGUGAAUGGCCUAACUGAAUUCUAAAGAUGAUUUAACAGGUAUUUAAGCGGAUUUAAAAGAUAUCAUUAUAAAGCGAUGGUAUUAUUCUGUUGAAAUAUAUCUUAUUUAUUGUGAAAUAAGCUGUCUCAGCAGAUCUGUGCAUGUUUUAGAUACCGAGAGAUUAAAAAUGGAAUUUAAGAUGAACUAUCUAAUGAAUGCAUAUAUGAUUUUUUCAGGGGAAGUAAUCAGCACUAUGUUAACCCUUACAGUGCUAAAUUUCUAUAAUGAACAUUUGGAUUUGGAUAGUACCAUUAACUGUUAAAGGGGUGCUUACCAAAAGAUACUGACUCAAUGGCGAACAGUGGAGAUCAUGAUCAGACUGCACGGAUGUACAGGCUGUUCAUGAUCUACACUGGUCGCAAAGGCAGAAUCAGUCGUGUUCAGCAUGAUAAGGGUUAAAGGUUGGUAAAAAUUAAGUCACCAAUUAGAAAAUCAAAAAUCUUGCCUUACAAAUCGAUGUACCAAAAGCUCAAAUGUCUUCAUUCAACCAUAAAAGAAUGUUUAGUUAAAUGAGUAUCCAUAGGCAAAUCUACAAUACAUAAACUCUGUUAAUUAAACUUUUAAUGAAAGAAAUGUAUUUAUUUUGCCGAUAUAAACUAUAUGCAGAUACGAAUAACAUCUGAAAUAAGAUCUCUUUCAUACAUAGACCGCAGAAAGUCACCGGACCCAAACCCCUAUCAGUCUGUCAUUAUAAUUUGAAAAGAUAUCAUUCUAUUCACGUCUGAUCAAUUUCAUGGGAAAGGGUUAGAAAAAAUGAAACGGAUCGAUUAAUUAAAUAUAAUGAUUGUACGUGCGUCGCGAUGUUUUACUGGGUAUUACUUUUUUCCUAUUUUUCGUUUGGUGUUUUAAAAGGUACUUAUUGACAACAUGUAUGAAUGAAAGUCUUAAAAAUAUUACUUUGGCCGAGUGUAAGGUUACAGCUAUACGUGGACAAAAAUCGUAAUUACAAGUAUGUUGCUUGUAUGAUGGAAACAUUUUUUGAAAAAAACUGAAUUGAAACUGAUCUAUUAGCUAAGUUUAUGUUAAAACAAUACAUAAAAAUAUAUAUAAAUAUAUGUAAACUUGGAAGUGUUAAAUCAAUUUCUCAUUUCAUUACGUCAUCGAUACAGGCGGGUUGUUAUAAGGUAUUGCUCACUGUUAAUAAAUAAUGACUAUUUUUAUAAACUUUCAGGUAGAUGUAUUACUACGCAUAUUAUGCUCACUUGUUUGGAAAUACUUAAUUACACAUUAAUGAUCCUAUGUACACGUACUUUCGCGAAUGAUGUCCAUUGGUUUUGCUUAAAUUCUUGAAAAAGUGGGUUGAUAUAUCUUUAUUUAUAAAAUGAUUGGUUGAUAUUAAUAGAAAAAAUAUACUUGACCAGAUGUGCCUGUUUCCCGAAGAAUCCGUUUUCAAUUUUUCAGUACUAUUUUUUAUGACAACUGGAAUAAUGCACUUUUAAUGGUAUGCGGAUAAAACUACAAGACGUGUUUGUACUGUGGUCAGACAAUCCUAGAGGAUUAAUGACCUUAUUUUUUGUAAAAUAACGGUGCUUACAAUACAAUACUUGUAAUAUAUACCCGUAUUCAUGACAAUGGGAUAAGAAUAGGGUUAACUUUACUUAUGAAAUGCAGGUGUAUAUCUGACUUCCGUGUACAUUUUGUCGUUUUGGCAUGCAAUCUUUGCACGCUGUCAUUUAAAAAGUAAUUCGUAUUUUAUAAUCUUUAACUUUAUGGAUAUUGUCGGGUAGAUCAUUUUUGCAUAUUGUAUCAGUUACUCAUUUUAGUGAAUGUUUAUUGUAUGCUCAAUUUUUGGGUUUCGAUGCCAGUAAAUUCAUUGUAAAUAUCAUUGUUUUUCACCAGAUUAUUUACUACAUUAUCACAAGUUUGUCUCAAAGACUGUAUAUAUAAUUGUUCAUGUAGAUUCACGAUUCAUAGCAAGGAUCAAAGAUUUUCCAAACUUCAACAUAAAUAAUGUAUCUGCAUUAUGCAUGUGUUCUUAGGGUAUCAUUUAUAUAAAGUAUGUCAGAUAUAUUUACAGUGUGAUAGAUAUUUUCGUGAGGUUUACAUCCUGAGAUAAAUAUCUUUGUUAAAGACCUGCUCCAGUCCUACCUUUUAACCUUAAAUUGUCACUGAAAAAACAUGAAAAUCCUGACUAUGAACAGUGUCGCCUGUCAAAAUAAAGUCUAUUUUAUAUAAAAUUCUGUAUAAAAUACCUGUGGUUUUGCGUGCUAAAGUGUGGCGCGUUGCCGCUAACUGUUACCUAUUAUAAUCAUGGGUUGCAUACACACAAUAGAAUUUGAAUAGACGCGGAGCAGGGCUUUAAAGAAUACAUUGUAAAGAUGCCAUGAGAUGUAUUUGCUUUCACGAAAAUCUCGUGGGAAUAUUUCCCGUUUUUAUGUCAAGGUCUAAAACGGAUGCUUUGUUUUACAAGUUUGAAAUAUAACAAGGUCGCAAACGACGUUACAAGGUCAUUUUAUUUGUAAAAGUUCAUUAAUACUUAUGUAUGUUGUUACCACGUAAAGUAUACCUCAGUGUUUUGGCCUUUCCUCUGAAAACCGUAUUAACAAAGCCUGGCUUGUGAAGCUAAAUACAAAUUUCAGUUUUAGAAAAUAUGACUAAAUACAAUCAUCUCUGUCUAUAGUGGCAAUCUUUGGUAAAUGACAAAGUUUUGCUAAAUUGUACUAUUUGCAGGUACUAAUAAGACGGAAAGAGGGAAUCUUAAAAGUGACGUUACGUAGCUAUGGUCUUCAUUAUUUGGAGAUGGUCUUUAGUUCAGGAUGCAAGGCCGUCGCGGGCGGUCCGGCCGGUCCGGCCAUGGCCGGACCACUUUUUUGGCUGAGCAUAAUAUCGGCCGUUCCAGUUUUCUCAGCUUUUGUUUAGAUUAAAACAAAGAGCUAUAAAAAUAAAAUUCUUUGAUUAAAAGUGCCGAAAUAUUGCCUUGCUAAUUAUCCGCAACGAGCGGUAUCUGUCAUGACUGCCCGUUCGUGUCAAACGUAUCGACCAUGCUUGAUUGGAUUAAUCAUAAUUAAACGCUUAUCUGAUAUAUCUUUAAUCCGAUAUGAUCUAAAGGGCGAUGUUUUUAUAAUUUAUAAUAAUUGCUUUGAUGGAAAAAAAUUGUCGUAUGUUUAAAAAAAUGGAAACAAUUGUGUUUUCGUGGUAUAAUAAAACAAAACUAACCGAAAGCUAAUUUCAUCUAAUUAUUUUGAAUAAUCUUAAAUAAUUGCUUUAAAUCAAAUAAAAUGCCGACGUACAUCUAAACUUUAAAAUAAUAUAAACUUCAUUUCUGUCUACUCUUAAUUCUGAAACCGUAUGCUUAACUUGUUGCUUAACGUAUUGCUGCAAAAUGGCAUACCUGAAAUUCCAAAUCAACCUAAGACAUUUAAAUUUCCGAAACGCACCUUUGGUCAGAAAAAUCCAGUGAAUAGAAGUUUUCAGCCUUCGUGGUUCGCCAAUAGAUCGUGGUUGCAUUACGACGAAACUAAUGACCUCGCUUAUUGUCAUGUGUAUAUGGUUGCUCACCCAGACGGCAAGUUGUCAGUUUGAAUCUUGAUAAAGCCUUCAUUAUUAAGGCCACCGCCUGAUGAGACUCACAGAUGGGUCGAAAUAGUUGUUUUCUUUUGUAUUGGCUGACACUCAGAAGUGAAAUACAUCAACAUUUAUUAGGCAAAUGUCUAGCUAUUCUUGAAAACUGUUAUAAAAUUGACUGAAAAUCUUGAUGGAAAAUGCUUUCAAGAUGCAAGGAAAACGCACUUACGGGCAUCCCAAAUCUUAAAAUUUUCUCGGGGGAGACCCCCCAAUCCCCACUUACGAGAGGGGGGUAACCCCCCUCUCCUGCUCUCCCCCAUCUCUUGCCCUCGGCACUCGCAGCACGCCUUCCACGUCCCAUAGCCGGACCACUUUUUCGAAGCCGGCGACGGCCCUGGGAUGCACCUAAAUGAAAAGUUUAAGAAGAUAAUUUGAGCUUAGUUUUACAUAUCUCUUCAACACGAAAAAUACUGUAUUUUAACACAUUCAGUUACAGAAAUUCUCAUUCAUUUAUAUUUCUUUGUGUCAAAAUUAACAUAUAAUUUUUGUUUACAUUUAAAUUUUCUGAAAUUCUAUGUUUUAUGAAAUGUGAAAAUAAAGUUGUUACGUUUCAAAUGCA